GUGUACAUGUUGACUGAAGUCUGGUGUUGUGCGUCACCCUCCAUGCACCGAGCGCGCUUUAUAAAGAGGAACACACACAGGCGCUCCAACACACUCGAUUGUUUUCCUCCUCUGAGACGGACAGCAGAGAGCCACAGCCAAGAUGAGACUGUACCUUGCAAUUGCCGUGCUGAUGCUGGCUUUGGUUGCAUACACAGAGGCCCAGGAGGACACCAUCGAGCAGAAGUUCGCCAAGUUUACCGAGCAGGUGUCUCAGGUGGGCGAAAAACUGGGUGAACAGUUCAAGACCAGCUAUGAUGAUUUCCAAACCAGCGAAUUUGUAGUCAGUUCACGGGCCCGUCUCAAUGAGUUUAUUGAGUGGGUGAAGACAAGAACUCAAUGACUCAGACAGUAAACAGGUCCCAGUCUCAAGCUUACAACCUGCCGUCUGACCGCUGACCUCUUCACACAAGUCAACGCUCUGCUCACCACAGAAAAUGGUUGUGUUGCCUCUCUGUCAGUGUUUUUUGUAGAUUAAUUUAAAUGUAAUCUUUUUGGAGGAAACAAUGUGAAAAAGUGCAAUAAAGACAUCAAAAGAAAA